UUAGAAAAUAUAAAAAAAAAAAGUUUCAAAGUUUGAAUUCAAGAGCUACCAGUCGUGGUACUCAUGUUCCACAUCCAUUAAAAAAUCAUUAUCUGCAUCUCUAAAUCCCACCUAAUGAUAUAACAAAUAGAGAAAUUGAUAUUCCACCAUGCAAUUAUACAACUAAAAUCAUAUCAACAACGCCUGCAACAGUUAUGACCCUGAUCACUCUGUUUCCUUUUUCAAUUCAAGUAUAAAGGAGGUUCUCUCAGAUGAUCGGGAGCCUCAAAAGAUAACAUGGUCAAGAGUAGAUUAAGCUUCAAGUUUGCGGGAUGUCUGGUUUCUUCUUUAAUUCUCAACCUGUUGUUUAUUAUCAAUAUUUAUGUUGGUGGUCAAUGGAACCUGAGUUGGAGCUCAAGAGCCGCAGCAGAAGCUGAAGCUGUGGCAGCUACAUCCUGUUCAGGCCAUGGAAGAGCUUACUUGGAUGGCUUGGUGGUUGAUGGAAAUACUGAACCAGUUUGUGAAUGCAACGCAUGCUAUACAGGGCCUGACUGCUCUCAGUAUAUCCCUCACUGCAUGGCAAAUGCCGAUGGCGGGGAUCCAUUAUUUUUGGAACCUUUCUGGCUACAGCAUGCAGCUAGUAGUGCACUGGUAGUAGCAGGGUGGCACCGAAUGAGCUAUAGCUUUGAUGGUAGCACUUACAUCUCAAAAGAACUAGAAAGGCUGAUUCGCAAAGUACACGCACUUGUAGGGAAUGCUGUCACAGAAAACAGAUUUAUUAUUUUUGGUACAGGUUCAACCCAAGUUCUUAGUGCUGCAGCUUAUGCCCUGUCCCUUGAAAAUUCCUCCUCCCCUGCAGGAGUUGUAGCUUCAGUCCCUUACUACGCGCUCUACAAAGAACAAGCAGAAUAUUUUAGUUCAGAAAAAUUCAAGUUUCAAGGAGAUGCUAACGCAUGGAAGAACAAAUCAGAUACCAGCACAAAUAUGAUUGAGGUUGUCACUUCACCAAACAAUCCUGAUGGACGAUUAAACAAAGUGAUUCUUCAGGGCCCUAAUGUCAAAACAAUUUAUGAUCGUGCAUAUUACUGGCCGCAUUUUACACCAAUUACAGCUCCUGCAGAUGAAGAUCUGAUGGUAUUUACGCUUUCCAAGCUUUCUGGUCAUGCUGGCAGCAGAUUUGGGUGGGCUGUGGUAAAGGAUGAAAAUGUGUAUAACAGAAUGACAAUACACAUGCAGCUAAGUUCCAUGGGUGUUUCUAGAGAAAGCCAGUUAAGAGCUUUUAAGCUUUUAAAAGCAGCCCUAGAAGGAGAAGGAAGGGAAUUAUUUGACUUUGCAUACCAGACAAUGAAGACCAGGUGGGAAAGAUUGACCAGGACAUUGUCCUUGUCAAAGCGCUUCUCUGUCCAGAAAAUUAAUCCACAAUACUGCACUUUUUACAAUAAAUUCAGAGAAUUCUCACCAGCUUAUGCAUGGUUGAAAUGUGAGAGAGAAGAAGAUAAAGAUUGUUAUGCAGUUCUCAAGGAAGCUAAAAUCAUUGCUCGUCAGGGAAACAGAUUUGGUUCAGAAGAUCGCUAUGUUAGACUCAGCCUGGUUCGAAGCCAAGAUGAUUUUGAUAUAUUAAUCCAACGUUUAAACAAAUUAGUCUCAGAGGAAGAUGGUGCCAAAAUCAUGUGAAGAAUGAGAUCAGCAUUUUGUUAAUCAAAACAAAAUCAUGUAAAGAAUGAGAUCAACAUUUUGUUGAUCAAAAGCUUCCAAACAUUUCUAUUAUUACUUGUAUUACAGAGAUAUAGAUACAGGACCUUCAUUAAUAUUUAGUUAUUAAGAGAGGGGGAAGGGUUCAUGUCUAUUCACCUUUUAGACUUGAUCUUUAUAAAAGGCUCAUGUCUAUUAUGUUAGUAUGAGCCAUGCAAGCCAAUUAGUCGUUGUAUGGGAAUCGCACAUCAAGCAAUUUAUCUAUGACUUUUCUGAUUAUAAUAGCAUUGAAAUAGUUCUUUAUC